GCCGCUUGCCAUGAGGGUCAAGAUGGCGGCGGGUCCCUUGUCAGGCGGCGUGUUGCAGUGAAGUUGGAGGAGAGGGCGGCAGGCCCGGGGUCUCGGCGCUGCCGACGGAACCAUGCAGCACGAUGAUGUGCUUUGGGAUCUUAUCGGAAACAAAAGUUUUUGUUCCUACAAAGUGAAAACUAAAACGCAGAACUUCUGUCGCAAUGAGUAUAAUAUCACAGGCCUGUGUAAUCGGUCAUCCUGUCCUUUGGCCAACAGUCAGUAUGCAACAGUCAAGGAGGAGAGAGGUCAGUGUUUCCUGUACAUGAAGGCAAUAGAACGAGCUGCUUUUCCGUCUCGAUUAUGGGAGCGGGUCAAGUUAAGUAAGAAUUAUGAGAGAGCUCUGGAACAGAUUGAUGAACAUCUUAUCUACUGGCCCCGCUUUAUCAGACACAAGUGUAAGCAGCGUUUCACAAAGAUCACCCAGUACCUGAUCCGUAUCCGCAAGCUCACCCUAAAGAGACAGAGGAAGCUGGUACCUUUAAGCCAGAAGGUUGAACGGAGAGAGAGAAGGAGAGAGGAAAAGGCUCUGAUUGCAGCUCAGCUGGACAAUGCCAUUGAGAAGGAACUGCUGGAGCGACUCAAGCAGGGGACGUAUGAAGACAUUUACAACUUCCCUAUUCAUGCUUUCGAUAAAGCGCUGGAACAGCAGGAUGAAGAGAGUGAGACCGAUUCCUCGGAAGAAGAUGAGGAGGAUGUUGGUCAAGUGGAAUACGUGGAGGAUGAUGCAGUAGAUGAGAGUGACCUGAGUGACUUUGAGGCUAUGGACAGGCUGGAAGGAGACGAUGAGGAGCAGGAGCAAUCCAGCGAAGCAGAGGAGCUGGAGAAAGAAACUUCCACGUCAAAGGGCAAAACACCAGUCAAAGGCCCAGCCCGGAAGAAGCGACCAUACGUGGAAAUUGAAUAUGAGCAGGAAACAGAACAAGCAGCCAAAGCGACUAGCUCCUAACAGUUUUGUAAUGCUGCUUGUACUGAAAGUGAAGAGUUGUGUUAACUCCAUUGUAAAGACAUUGUAAAGCAAAACAACUUCAUGGUCUCCUCUGGACGGGCUUCAUUGCUGCUUCCAGUUAUCAUGGUCUUGACCGCAGAAAGCAAUAACUAUUGUUCAAGAUUCUUAAUGUCAUCUGUGGGUUUAUGUUUUCUCCAUUUGUUUUAAUUGCUCCCAUUUGUAUAAAACUAUGAAUAAAGGAUGUGACUGACUUUUCCAUAGUUCUAGAAAUGUCUUUUGAGCAGUUGUCUGGUUAGAUGCCAGUGGAAAUCUGUCCAUCCUGAACUGCUGUGCUACUGACUUGACAAAAGCUCCUUGAACUUGGGCUUCAACUAAAUGUGUUUUCAUCAGAUUUGGGUCUCUUAAGUGCAGUUAAAUGGAUGUGCAUUCUUCAAAAUCCUUGGAGUGGCUGUCUAAGUGGAUGGGAGAGUACUUGGUCACGCAUACAAACCAAAAUCUCCCAGGUUGAUGCACUACUCCUGCAAAGCAAGGAGUUCUCUAGGUGAUUAACUGCAACGACACACAAAGUGGCAUCAGGUUCUGAUAUUUCCUCCCUCUUAUGGGCAAUGGAAUUUUCAUCGUACAGUGAAGAAGGAAUUGUCAUGUCUAGUCGGUGCCACAUAAGGUUUUGGAAACUUGGCUGUUUUUCACUGUAGUUACCAAGCUCUCACCAGGUCAGAACAGGUACAGUUAGAUUCAGAGUUGAAGGUUUUUGUCUGUACAUUGACAUCAAGCACACCUUUUGUGCCUUUUGAGUUGAAGUAGUUUUUACAGGAAACUAAUAAGUUUUAAAUACAGUCAUUGUUGUAGUGUCAGAAAGACACCUGCCAAUUGUGUACAGCAACCGUCCACAAAACAAAAUUGUAAUCAUGUGCUUCAUUAAUGUUACAGACACCAAAAACACAUGUUCUUUAAAAGCAUGUUGUGAGCUUCAUGACAUCAGUUUCAGAAUGCCGAUAGGGGUCUCAGUUUAACACCUUACUGUAAGGUUGCACUUGUUCAUUACUGCAUUGGAGCACUGGCCAAGCUUUGCAUUCUGUUCUGUGAAAUGGCAUGGUCGAUAAUUUAUGGAAGGUGCUGGCACUAAUAAUCUGAGCCUGAGCAAUGAUGAGGAAAUGUGUUAAAGUGGCUGUAGUGAGCGUUUCUGGGUUGUUUCCCAUGCUCGGAUCCAGCUUGUAUUGUUUGUCCUGAAUAGCUGCUUCUGCUGAAUAUUUGCACACUCAGAGACUGUGAUGUUUUCUGCUUUAGUUUAUUAAGAUUUUGUACAGUUACUGUGAUUUGUUACACAUCUUGCUGCACUCUCUGCAGACAGUCCAGUACUGUUGCAUUCUUGCAGCUCUGGCGUACUCCUUCCAGGAGAAUCUGAAGAGCAAAAACAGAUUAAACCAGCCACUGCUCCAGCAUCUGUGUUGGUGGAUGUAGCUCAGUGCUAUUCCAAAGCAGUGUUCCCCCACGUGGUCGAAUGUUUCAAUAUUUAAAAUUCUUUGCUAAACAAACCACUGUAAAUGAUGUAUCUUCAAAUAAAAUGUGUAUGUUGUGAAAUUUA